CUUAUGCACUACGCGUUGUGCAUUAUGCAGAAAUGAUAACAUACUCAACUCUGCUAAUUAUACAAGUUGUUUAUUCUACAAGUGUUAAUUAUAGAAGCGCUAAAUAGACAUACGCAUACAUAUAUAUUUAUAUAUAUUAUACAUAUAUAUUAUACAUCUAUUUAUAACACACCUAUCAAGACAAAAUGGCUAUAUUAAAAAUGCUGAAGCGUACCAUGUGCAGGAACGUUACAACAAGUGGAUCAAGAUUCGUGGGCAUCUUAGGACCCUUAACAAUUCCACCAUUACAGAUUGCGAUAUUAUAUUACUUCUGGCAGGAUUAUUCAAGGGUUGUGGAUAAGCGAUACUGCUCUUGCUCGUGCUGGGACACUGUAUUUAAAGGCUCGUACGAAUCCGGCAUUGCUCCCUACAAACACAUGUACUUUAAUGCUACUUCGAACAUGUUGAAAAUAUGGAUACUCAUUGUCAUUGGAAUAAUCGUGUUUUACGAAACAAUGAAGCAUUUGGCAAAACUGGCUAUCAAACAGAGACUAAGACAGUCUAUGAUGCUCCUCUUCUCGACCGCUCUGUUCUCUAAUUAUUACUCGUGGUGGGUCUACAUCAAUUAUUGGAACGAUGACUUCUACACGCAAUGGUAUCACCAAAUGUUCUUCACCAUCACUGAAUUGAUAUCUACGACAUGGGUUGUUUCUCUUGCCGAUAAGAAAAAUCCAAUCACACACAGAAAGGCGUUCGGCAUUGCUGCAAUAGCCCUUUUACAUAUCGUAGCUGGUGGAUGGGAUCAAUUCUUCGAAAAUGUCGUUAGAGGAGAGGGUCACGCACAUCAGGUCAUACGUGAUCUGGGCUUUAUGAUACCGGAUAUUCUCCAAGUCAUCGUUCCGUUGUGGCUGAUUAAACGAGAAAGUAUUUAUAAUAUCCAUCUUCCUAAUUCAUUAGCGUAUAUGUCAAGUAUCGUGGUAAUCGGAUUGUGCAUUUGGUCGUUUCUAUUGUAACGAAUGUCAUCAAGGAUAGUAUAAUAAUGCGUAAUAGGCGGCAAUGAUUUAAACCUAUUCUUCCUGUGAGUAUGGCCUUCGUUAAUUUAAUGUUCUUCCCAAAAGCGAAAAUUCCGUGAUACGAAAAACUCGGUCUAAACGCGAACGCCAAACUUCUCUCUAGUCUUUGUAACAAAUUAUUUAAUCAUUACUGCGAAAACGCAAUAUAAAUUUUUCGUAAUAUAGAUAUCCCGCAGAUAAGCUCCGUAAUAGUAUUAUCAUUAACCGUAAAGUAGGAAAUUUUAAAUCGGCUAGUCCAGCUUGCGCUGGAGUCAGCGCAAUAAGAAGAGCGCAGAAUAUACUUAUCUAUCUCGUUUAAUAUAGCACCAUAAUCUACAAUAAUAUUUGAACGUUUCGGCUAUUAUUUUUAGCCAUACUCA